AUGAUGAAACCCUGGGUUUUCCUGGCACUGGCGGGCGUCACCUGCAGCCUGGUGGUUGGGCGGACAACUCUGAUCCCGGCAGAAUCUGACAGCCCCUCUGCACCUACCACUACCACCAUGCCUCCCACCAGCACUGCUGCCUCGACCUCGACGCUUUCCACCAGCACUGCUGCCCCGGCCUCGACGCUUUCCACCAGCACUGCUGCCUCGACCUCGACGCUUUCCACCAGCACUGGGUGCGUCCCGUGGACCCCUUGCCCUGGCAAGCCCAGGCCCAGUGCGGCGAGGGUCCGGAAGGCGUGGAAGCUCUGGCAGUUCUGCUGUGACACGUGUGUCAGGCACCUCACCUUCCCUGGCUGCAGCCGACCCAGGCCACAGUUCCCCUACAACUGCUCCGGCCCUGUCACCUCUCAGCCCAGCAUCACACAGAGUUCAACGUUUCAUCCAAGGCAUUUUUGGAUGAGGAGACGGUGCGCAAGGAAGUGCCGGCCCUUUUAUGGGUGAUCGCGGCCCAGGCAGCCCCAGUGCUGAGGAGCCGGUGCCCUGCGUGGGACCCCUCAGCUGCAACAGCUCCGUGCUGAGAUCCAGCUUCUGUCAACCCCGCUAAUAAAGCC